AUGGCAAAUCUCAACAGCCUGGAAGGUUUCUUGCGAUCCAUACGGCGUGCUGCUAACAGUGCCGGGCUACAGCCAGCGCUGAGGACUGUAGUGCUCAGGGAUGGAGAGCAUGUGACUGAGGAGCAUAGACACCGUGAGCAUGAAGAUCGGCCACCGACGGAUGGAGGCGUCGAAGAAGAGCGCGACAAUACACAAUUAUCUAGCCAACCACGCAAGCUUCACCACAGCGAACCGCCACCGGAUGAUGUUUCGCCACUUGUCCAGCAAGAUCAACCAGGCCAUCAACACGGUGGGUUCGAACCUCUGCACACUAAGCUGCAUGAGGUGUCCAGAAAUCGUGUCAUGCAGCUUAGCCAGCGGCGGAAGGAGUCACGAGCCCAGCAAAAGGACGAAGAACGGGAGCCUCUUCUAACAAAGCAGAUCCGGCGUGAAGAUGGCACGGAGGGCGAGGUCAUUGUCGGACAAUCAACGCUCCCGCAGACGAUCUUCAACAGCUCAAACGUGCUUAUCGGGGUUGGCAUGCUCAGCUUGCCCUUGGGUAUUCGCUGCGCCGGGUGGAUCAUCGGUCUCGGAUCGCUUAUUGCUUCGGCUCUGGUGACGAAAUAUACCGCCAGUCUUCUAGCGAAGUUUCUCGACGCUGACAGCUCGCUGGCAAACUUUGCGGACAUUGCUUACAUUGCGUUUGGCGAGAAAGGCCGGUUGGCAACGAGCAUACUCUUCACUCUUGAGCUGACGGCUGCUUGCGUGGGUCUUGUCGUCCUCUUUGCUGACAGCUUGAAGAGUUUGAUGGAAGGACCGAGUGACGCGCACUGGAAGAUUCUCUGCGGAUGCAUCUUACUACCGCUCAACUUCGUGCCAAUGCGACUCCUGAGUUUCACAAGCUUCCUAGGCAUCUUCUGCGGGUUCGCUUUGGUGGUUUGCGUGUUUGUGGCAGGCUUUCUGAAGAGCUCAAGUCCUGGCUCGUUGCUGGAGGUCGCCACGACGUACGCGUUCCCUGAAAGCUGGAAGGCACUGCCAUUGAGCUUCGGUCUGAUCAUGGCGGUCUGGGGCGGUCAUGGCGUGUUUCCAAACAUCUACCGAGACAUGCGACAUCCGCACAAAUACGAAAGCGGGCUCAGGCUGAUUUUCAGCUUCGUGGCCUUAGUCGACGUCACGAUGGCCGUUAUCGGAUACCUCUUGUACGGCAACCUGACCAAAGACGAGAUCACAACCAACAUCCUUACCACCGACGGCUAUCCUCAAGCUCUCAGCGUAUUGCUGCUCGUCCUUGUGGCCAUCGUGCCGCUGACGAAGUUCCCGCUCAAGUGUGACGACGGUUGCUCGCCGAUCAUAUCAACAUUGGAAGUUCACUUCCGCGUUGAGCCACGAGCCGCGACCGUUAAGCCCAACAAGCUCAAUCAGUCCGCUGUGCUGUCUAGGUUGCUGGAGGCAGUUUUCCGCAUCGGAGUGAAUGUGAUCAUCGUUGUGCUGGCGCUUGUUGUACCUUCGUUCGAGGUGAUCUCUGCGAUCAUGGGCGCGACGUUCUGUUUCUUGAUAUGUGUGAUCUUGCCUGUCUUGUUUCAUUUGAAGAUGUUUCGAGGUCAGAUACCUCGGAGUCAGUUGAUCUUUGAUUGGACGGUGAUCGUGGUUUGUACGAUUCUUGCCGUUGCUGGGACUGUAUGGGAAAUCCUACCCAAGAGCUGGAUGGGCCUCCGAGCGGCCGGGUAG